GCCCUGAAAGAUUCCGUGCCCCUUGUCGGGCCGCUUGUUUGGCUGCUGCCGUCACCUCAUGGCGACGCGGGUAGAGGAGGUAGCGCGGGGAAGAGGCGGCGGCGCCGAAGAGGCUAUUGAGGCCGGACGGGGCGGACGGCGACGCAGCCCGCGGCAAAAGUUUGUGAUUGGCACAAUGGAAGAAGCUGGAAUGUGUGGGUUAGGGGUGAAGACAGAUAUGUUACACAACUCUCAAUCAAAUGAUAUUCUUCAACAUCAAGACUCAAAUUGUGGUGGUACAAGUAACAAGCAUUCAUUGGAAGAAGAUGAAGGCAGUGAUUUUAUUAGAAAGAACAGGAGUUUGAUGAGCCCAGCAUACUGCACACAAGAGUCAAGAGAGGAAAUUCCUGGGCGAGAAGCUCGAAUAGAUCCGCCUGACGGUCAGCAGGAUUCAGAAUGCAACAGGAACAAAGAGAAAACUUUAGGAAAAGAAGUUUUAUUAUUGAUGCAAGCCCUAAACACCCUUUCAACUCCAGAAGAGAAGCUGGCAGCUCUCUGUAAGAAAUAUGCUGAUCUCCUGGAGGAAAGCAGGAAUGUUCAGAAGCAAAUGAAGAUUCUGCAGAAGAAACAAGCCCAAAUUGUGAAAGAGAAAGUUCACUUGCAGAGUGAACACAGCAAGGCUAUCUUGGCAAGAAGCAAACUAGAGUCUCUUUGCAGGGAACUUCAGCGUCACAAUAAGACAUUAAAGGAAGAAAAUAUGCAGCAGGCACGAGAGGAGGAAGAAAGACGUAAAGAAGCCACUGCACACUUCCAAAUCACUUUAAAUGAAAUCCAGGCACAGCUGGAACAACAUGACAUACACAAUGCCAAACUCCGCCAGGAAAACAUUGAGCUGGGAGAGAAGCUGAAGAAGCUCAUUGAACAGUAUGCACUGAGAGAGGAGCAUAUUGAUAAAGUGUUCAAACAUAAGGAAUUACAGCAACAACUUGUGGAUGCCAAGCUUCAACAGACGACACAGCUAAUAAAAGAAGCUGAUGAAAAACAUCAAAGAGAGAGAGAGUUUUUAUUAAAAGAAGCAACAGAAUCGAGGCACAAAUAUGAACAAAUGAAACAGCAAGAAGUACAACUAAAACAGCAGCUUUCUCUUUAUAUGGAUAAGUUUGAAGAAUUCCAGACUACCAUGGCAAAAAGCAACGAACUGUUUACGACCUUCCGGCAGGAGAUGGAAAAGAUGACAAAGAAAAUUAAAAAGCUGGAAAAAGAAACCAUAAUAUGGCGUACCAAAUGGGAAAACAACAACAAAGCACUUCUGCAAAUGGCUGAAGAGAAAACUGUCCGUGAUAAAGAGUACAAGGCCUUUCAAAUCAAACUGGACCGGUUAGAGAAGCUGUGCCGGGCUCUUCAAACCGAGAGGAACGAGCUCAACGAGAGGGUGGAAGUCUUGAAGGAGCAGGUCUUGGGGAGAGCUGCCGGUGACCAUCUAGCGCUGCCUGGGACACAGCCCUGCACUGGCCUGGUGGCCCCCAGGGAGCCGAACACUGCUUCUACAGGUGCCCCGGGAGGCCCCCUGGAGGCCAUGCCCAGGGCCUCAAAGGAGAAAGCAGCUGUGUCCGCAGGCGCCGCGCCAGAACAAAGACUCUUCAGGAAGGUACUUGAAAGUUGCUUUAAUACUUGGCUUAUGAAACUGGGGUCAGCAAACUACUCUCUACUUUAUGAAUUACAUCAUCUGUCAGAUCAGCGUACUUAAGCCGUUUCUGGUCCCUGGACUCAGAGUUACCUUAAAU